AACCCAAGGAAGGAUAAGUCUUCGAAAAUAUGGACUGCAGAGCAGGAGUUAAAAUUUUUGUCAUCAUCGUGUGAUGCUGCUGACGCUAGUGAUUCACAUAGUUUCCACAGGUGCAAGAAUCGGACUCGCAAGACCCUGAGUUCCAUGGAGGUCACCCGACUGAAUGAACAAUCCAUUGAUCGUUUUCAACAUCAAUGGAUAAUGGACGACGAUCUAACCUACUCCAGUAAUACAGGUGUGAACUGGUUGAUAUACCAGGAGGGACAGGGAAUGUUUUGUUUGUUCUGCAGAAAACAUGGCACAUCCGUAACCAAAACGAGACCAAGAAGUAUAACCUCGAGCCAGCAGUUAGAUUUAAACGGAAAGCGGUCGAAGAUCAUGCCAAUUCACAACAACACGCAGCAGCCAUAA